CACAAUUGCCUAUUUUAUCUUAGAGCUGGACAUUUCCCUCACUUCACUUGUCCUUUCUCUCUCUUUAAUGUGACUUCCAAACUCAGCUCAUAAUAAAAGUUUACGUUUUCUCACUCUUAUCCCAGCAAAUUGAACUCUCAUAUUCUCUCUCUCAAUAUAAUAUUAUUGUAUCCAACUUCGUCCUUAUCUGAUGAUUAAAGUGUGUCAUUUUGGGUCUCUGAGAUGAGAUCUACUCGCUGAAGUGAACGAAGACUGCAGAUGAACAUAAAAAGCGAGAAGAUUUUAGAACCUUAGCUACUUUGUACGGUCUUUAUUUGACGAAAUCAUCAACAAUACCAUCAUCGGCAUUUGUCAGAUCCAAGGAUUGGCAAAGUCUGAGGUAGCAACAAUUGGAUCAAUCAUGGAUCAUUAGAUACUUUUGUCAGAUAUGCCUUCAAGAACUUUGUCAUAGAUUGGGUUGACUUUCGGUUAUGUUUAAAAUUAUUGGCAUCAAUGUUGUUGGAGGUAGGGCUGUAUUAAAAAUUGCAAGGGUAAUGCUGUUGAUUUGACUAAAAACACCAGAUUGGCAUCUGAUGGUCGCAGUUAAUGUUGGGAGAUAAUGGAUUACUAGGAGAUGCGAUUGAGUUGUUGCAAUUGUAAUUAACCGGCUCACAGGGUUCUUAUCAGCAAUUUUAUAACAAGUUAUGGUUGAUUAUUGAAGCAGCUGAAAUUCUAUGAAUGAUUGGUGGUUGAUGGACUUCUUCACUAAUAAUACCAACAACAAAAAAAAAAUACCGGCAGUCCAGAAAUUUAAUUGAUAUGCGGCUUGGUAACAAAUAAUGCAACUUCGAAGUUAUGCCAUAAUUUUGUAAACCCUUAUUGUUGGAGUUGAUGAACAAUAAAAUGGAGGCACAAACAUUAAAUGCUAAUCAUCUGCCUUCAUUUCUUCACCGUUCACUUCAUGCUGUUGCACCUAUGCUUAUGAUCACAAUGGGAUACAUUGACCCUGGAAAGUGGGCUGCGAUUGUUGAAGGUGGUGCACGAUUUGGGUUUGAUCUGGUGGCGCUCAUGCUUGUUUUCAAUUUUGCCGCUAUCUUAUGUCAGUACAUAUCAGCUAGGAUUGGAGUGAUUACUGGAAAAGAUCUUGCAGAGAUUUGCAGAGAUGAGUAUGGUGCGUGGACGUGCAUGUUCCUUGGAAUCCAAACAGAACUUUCAGUGAUUAUGCUAGAUCUUAACGUGAUCCUGGGCAUGGCUCACAUAUUAAAUCUCAUUUCUGGGUGGGACUUGUUCACCUGUGUCUUGCUGGCUGCUGCUAGUGCUGUUUUUAACUUGCUCCUUGCCAUCCUUCUUGACAAUGGGAAGGCAAAAAUCCUGGGCCUGUUUGUUGCUGGUUUGAUAUUGCUUUUCGUUGCUUUUGGAGUAAUCAUAAACCAGCCUAAAGUUCCAGUAUCCAUGAGUGGAGUUCUAACAAAGUUGGGUGGGGAGGGUGCAUUUGUGCUUAUGAGUCUUUUGGGAGCAACUUUUGUGCCCCACAACUUUUACCUUUAUUCCUCUAUUGUACAGUGGCAUCGGGGAUCAAUAAACUCUUCUAAGGAUGCUUUGUCUCAUGCCCAUUUUUUGUCCAUCUUUUGUAUCUUCAGUGGCAUUUAUCUGGUCAAUAAUAUAAUGAUAAGUGCCGCAGCUCAUGAGUUUGAUGGCACAGAUCUUGUUUUGCUUACUUUUCAAGAUGUAUUAUCACCAAUGGAGCAGGUGUUGCAAAGCCCAGUGGCCCUAGUUGCCUUUCUUCUCUUUUUGUUUAGCUCAAAUCAGACCAUGGCGUUGGCAUGGAGUUUAGGGGGAGAAGUAGUUGUACAUAGUUUUUUGAAACUGGACAUUCCAGGCUGGCUUCAUUAUGCUACAAUCAGGGUGAUUGCUGUUCUUCCUGCCCUUUGUUGUGUUUGGAUUGCAGGUGCUGAAGGGAUGUACCAACUGCUUGUCUUCACUCAGAUCGUGGUAGCCUUGCAACUUCCAUCUUCUCUGAUCCCUCUUUUCCGGAUUGCUACAUCUAAAUCAAUAAUGGGUGUACACAAGAUCUCUCAAUUGUUGGAGUUUUUGGCAUUGAUAGUAUUUAUUGGGAUCCUUGGGUUAAAUGUUAUCUUUGUGGUAGAAAUGAUAUUUGGCAGUAGCAAUUGGGUGGAGUAUUUGAGAUGGAAUGUGGGUAGUGGCAUGUCAGUUCUUAUUAGCACUGCUUUUGUACUAUUGGGCUUCAUGCUUUGGCUUGCUAUCACACCUUUAAAAUCUGCAAGUGCCCGUUUAGAUGCAGAGGCUUGGAACCGUGAUGAGCCAGCGGUCAUGUCAGUUCCGCCAAUUGAGAGUCAGGAAUCAGAUUUAACUGAAACUAGGUAUCAUAGAGAUGCAUCUCUUAAGGUGAAGGAACCACCUUCAACUCUAGCAAGAGGUCUGGAGAUUUCAGGCCUUCAUGUGACGACUGAAGAAGAUAUUCAUUCCAUGAAAACAUUGGCUAGCCCCCCUCAGCAUCUUCCUGGGGAAUCAGUUCCUAUAUUAAAGUCAGAGGCAUUAUCAACAGUUGAAAAUGAGAUUUCUGAUGCUGACUGGGUGAGCACCAAGACCAAACAACUGGAUGCAAGUGCCCCAUUGGAGAAAACUGUGGAAGUUGAUGCAGAUAUGAAUGCUGAAAGGGAUGAUGAUGAUGGAGACUCUUGGGAAGCUGAAGAAUCAUCCAAAGUGGUUUCCACAGGUGCCCUAUCUUCAACAUCAGAUGGCCCUCCGUCAUUCAAGAGUCCUCGUGGGAAAAGCGAUGAAGGGGGGAAUAGCAUUGGAAGUCUAUCAAGAUUAGCAGGCUUGGGACGUGCUGCAAGGCGGCAACUAGCUGCUAUUCUUGAUGAAUUCUGGGGACAACUGUAUGAUUACCAUGGACAAGCGACCCAGGAUGCAAAGGCUAAGAAACUGAAUGUCUUGUUGGGAGCAGAUUUGAAAUUCUCUGGUUCCUUGCCAAAAGCGAAUGCAUCUAGAAAUGACUAUUCUGAGUAUGUUGCAUCAUCAUCAGUAGGAUAUAGAGCAUUGGAUACCCUGAUGAACGCUGGCCUGUAUGACUGUCCUAAGCUGCCCAGGAUACAAAGUACAUUUGAAUCUGGGUAUAGCCCUCAGAGGAGUUCUUCCUCUUUGCGGUCAAACUCCAUCGAAUUAUUAGAUGCAUAUGUGCAGAACUCCAACCACAAGGUUCUUGACUCUGGGGAGAGGCGCUACUCCAGUGUGCGCAAUCUGCCUUCAUCUGAGGUUUGGGAUAGUCAGCCAGCAACAGUACAUGGUUAUCAAAUUGCAUCCUGCCUUGAUCGAGUUGGAAGAGACAGAAUUCUGGAUAAUUUAAAUGGUCAAGGCAAAUUUUCAUCAUUAAAAUCUCCUUUAGCAGCUGCUAAUACGAGCUCCAAGGAUUCACCUGCAGUUGCUUUGGGGCAACAACUGCAAAAUGGUGUUGGUGCAGCUCGACCCCCUGGAUUUGAAAACAUCUCAAUAUCCAGAAACUCCACGUUGCCAUCUGAGAGGUCCUAUGAUUUUUGCUUUUCCAGACCUGCUGAUAAUGUAGGCAGUUCAGUCAACACGAAGAAAUACCACAGCUUGCCAGAUAUUUCAGGAUACACUAUACCCCGCCGGGAUAUUUAUACAUCUGAUAAGAAAGUCCCAUUUGAGGGCUUUGUUGGAUGUGGAUCUGCUAGAACUUGUUAUGAACAAUCUUAUUCGUUUGGGAUCUAUAAUAGGUGCACCUUGGCCUUUGAUGAGCUUUCCCCUUCAAAAGUCUACAGAAACGCCCUGUCUUCACAGCUAAGCUCUGGUUCUGACACUGGAUCCCUUUGGUCAACGCAGCCUUUUGAGCAGUUUGGUGUAACAGAUAGCAUCCAUAAUGUUGGAAUGGAAUGUGUUGGAACUCAGCCUAAUUCAUUUUCUCGAGAGACUGCUUCAGUGGUUGAUAUAGAGGUGAAACUUCAGUCUUUUAGGCGUUGCAUUCUCAGGCUCUUAAAAUUAGAAGGGUCUGAUUGGUUGUUCAGACAGAAUGGUGGGGUUGAUGAGGAACUAAUAGAUCGUGUAGCUGCAAGGGAGAAAUUCCUCUAUGAAGUUGAAGCUAGGGAGACAAACUCCUCUAAUUUUUCAGUGUCAUCAGUUCCUCACUGCGGGGAUGGCUGUGUAUGGGGAUCAGACUUGAUAAUAAGUUUUGGGGUGUGGUGUAUUCACCGUAUCCUUGAGCUCUCAAUCCUGGAGAGCCGCCCUGAGCUUUGGGGGAAAUACACCUAUGUACUCAACCGCCUCCAGGGUGUAAUUGAUCCAGCUUUUUCAAAGCCUCGUAGUGUGAGGCCCCCGUGCUUUUGCCUUCAAGUUCCGGUGCCCCAGCAAAAGCAAAGCCCUCCUCUUUCGAAUGGAAUGUUGCCCCCUCCGCCUACUGCAAAAGCAGGGAGGGGGAAAUGCACUACGGCAACAAUGAUUCUUGACCUCACCCGGGACGUGGAAAUCGCAAUCUCUAGUCGGAAGGGACGCACGGGAACUGCCGCUGGUGAUGUGGCUUUCCCCAAGGGAAAGGAAAAUUUGGCCUCUGUUCUCAAGCGCUAUAAGCGGAGAUUAUCUAACAAAUCAUCGGGCACAAACGAAUGCUUUGGUGGUUCACGUAGGCUUCCCUCUUCAGCACCCUAUAUCUCGUAGCAAUUUGCCCCCAUGACUUUCUUCCUUAACCAGAUUCCUUGCUGCAGAUUUAAUUUCCUUCCAUGUUUGUUAAAUACACAGGGUAACCUAUUGCAGCAAAUGAAAGGGGAGAAAUUGUUAGAUUUGAAUCGACUUCUUCAAUUUUGUUGCCAUUUUUCUUUUCUUUGUCAAUCAUGUGCAGUUGUGCAUACCUGAGAGGGAGAGUUGAGGAAAACUGUAAGUAGUCAAGUACAACGCUUGCAGCAAAGUAAGUGGUGAUGAUGUAGGUGAUUUAAAUAUUUAUUAUCAACCUAGUUGAGGAAA